CGUGCUGUGCCGGGCAAGGAGCUUGCCAGCCCCAGGGGACUCCCAAAACUUGGGGAAUCCCCCCUAGCCCCCCCACCCCGGAGACAACCAUGAAGUCAGAGCAGGAAGAGAACAAUCCGGGGACGUGCCCCUGCGAGCACGGCUUUGCUCCGCACCCGGCCUCUUCUUCCUCGGCUCCCCGGGCACGGCAAGGGGCGGCCGGGCAUGAUGCUCGGGACAGGGUGCUGUGCCCCUGUGUAGCGCUGCUCCGGGAGGAGGUGGCCCAGCUGCAGGAGGAGGUCCACCUGCUCCGGCAAAUGAAGGAAAUGCUGACGAAGGACCUGGAGGAGACGCACGGCAGCAAGUCACCGGAGGUCCUCUCGGCCACUGAGCUGAAGGUGCAACUAGCCCAGAAGGAGCAGGAGCUGGCCCGCGCCAAGGAGGCUCUGCAGGCCAUGAAAGCCGACCGCAAGCGCUUGAAGUCGGAGAAGACGGACCUGGUGAGCCAGAUGCAGCAGUUGUAUGCCACGCUGGAGAGCCGUGAGGAGCAGCUCCGCGACUUCAUCCGCAACUACGAGCAGCACAGGAAAGAGAGUGAGGACGCGGUGAAAGCCCUGGCGAAGGAGAAGGACCUCCUGGAGAGGGAGAAGUGGGAGCUGCGGCGACAAGCCAAGGAGGCGACGGACCAUGCCAGUGCCCUGCGCUCCCAGCUGGACCUGAAAGACAACCGCAUGAAGGAGCUGGAGGCCGAGCUGGCCAUGGCCAAGCAGUCCCUGGCCACACUGACCAAGGACGUCCCCAAGCGCCACUCCUUGGCCAUGCCGGGGGAGACGGUGCUGAACGGCAACCAGGAAUGGGUGAUGCAGGCUGACCUCCCACUGACGGCCGCCAUCCGGCAGAGCCAGCAGACUCUCUACCACUCCCACCCCCAGCACUCGGCCGACCGGCAAGCGGUCAGAGUGAGUCCCUGUCAUUCCCGGCAGCCGUCCAUCAUCUCCGACGCCUCCGCGGCCGAGGGCGACCGGUCGUCUACGCCGAGCGACAUCAACUCGCCCCGGCAUCGAACGCACUCUCUCUGCAACGGAGACAGUCCUGGACCGGUACAGAAGAACUUGCACAACCCCAUUGUACAGUCUCUAGAAGACCUGGAAGACCAGAAACGGAAAAAGAAGAAAGAGAAGAUGGGUUUCGGCUCCAUCUCCAGGGUGUUUGCCCGGGGAAAGCAGCGCAAGUCCCUCGACCCUGGCCUUUUUGACGGUACGGCCCCCGACUACUACAUCGAGGAGGAUGCGGACUGGUGACCCCCCCCAGCGCUGGGCGAGCGCCGGGAGCCUCUCCCCGGCCCCACCGUCGCUGAUGUACAUACCCCCCCCCGGCCCCGCCUGUGGACGUGUUACCUGUCGUCUUGGGAGCCAUGCAGCUGUGUUGUAACUUCAGUUUUUUCCCCUUUUUUUGUGUUUGUUUUUAUUUUCCCCAUUCCGGUAACUCCUUUGUUGUCACUUCAGUUGGUCGGUUUGGGUUGGGGUUUUUUUUGUUGUUGGUGGUUUUUUUUUUCUUCGUCGUCGUUUUCUUAUUUCUUCCUUCUUUUGAUGAAACUUGAAACUUGAAGGACUGCUGUGUCUCUGUAAAUAACAGAAAUAUUGUGCACUUUGUGCUUUUUGUGACGUCUCUUGUCUGAAACCCGCUGUUUUCCGGAGCCCAGCCCGUGGGACGUCCUCGCUCGGGGACCAAGGACCUGCCCAGCUGAGGGACCUUAAGAGAGAAAACACACACACACACCAAGAAAAAAAAAAAAAAAGAAGAAAAAAAAUUAUCUCAUUUGCUGUGAUGUCUUCCUGACCGAAUCCCGCGGAGGCGACAUGGGCUGGUUGUUACCGCCUGCCGGUCUGGAAAUAAGUGUUUUAACGUUUUUCCUUUUUAGUUGUUUUUAAUUUAUUUGCACAAACCCAGAGGAGCUAUUCUAACUAAAUUAUUGCAGAAGUUUUUUGGGAUUUUUAUAUUUUUCCAUGUCGGUUGGGAUGGGGUUGGGAGGAGGAAGGGUGUGUUUGUACUGUACUGUCCUGGGAAGCUGCUGCCGGGGAGGCUGGGGGGAGCUGGAGCCGUGGACCCCCCCCUCCCUGGGCUCGAGAUGCCCCAGGAGCACUUAAUGCCUUGGAAAACUCAAACCUAAAUAUGCGCCGGGAAAUCAGUCAGGGCGGAGGGGUGGGGGGGAAGCUUGCGGGGGGAGCUUUGCCUGUGUUUUUUCCCCUCCCCGCAUUUGGGGGGGCUGAUCCUUUGAGUAAAAUUUGGGGGAUCCGGUAUGAGCUGGGAGGAGGGGAAAGGCAAUAUCCCAAAAUAUCCCCAUAUCCCAACACGUCGCCCCCUCUGGGGCUGCCCGUCUUCGGGGUGUUAUUGCCAUCGGGGGGGGGGAAAUCGGUACGAGGCCCCAUCGGGGAGGUUUUUCUGGCGCCGGGGUGAUUUUUAAGCACAGGUGGAGCUUGUGCUUCCAAAUCCCCUGGAAAAUGCCCCAAAACCACCACCCCGCAGCGCGGCGGCCACUUCCCCUCUCCACUAACACGCAUUGCGCUCUGCUUAUGCCAAGAUAAGUACCUUAUGCUUUAAUGCUUACGAUAUAAUUUUAAGCUCUUAAAAAUGUAUUAAGAUUUAUUUAAUGACGCUAUAAUAGUGUAUUAUUUUUCUUAAUUCCCAUCCGCGCGCCCUUGGUUGAAAAAAAAAGGGGGUAUUUUGUCUUAAAUCACCGAACUAAACCGCUGAUGCCCUUGCGCUGUGUAUUCCUGCUAACGGGAUGAUGCAGAGAGGCCACGGGGGGCAGGGUUUGCCCCGUGGCACUUUUCUCUGCAGAGAAGCAUUUUUAUACUUUUUUUUUGUUGUUUUUUUGGGGGGUAUUUUUGUUUUGUUUUUCUUUUUUGUUCUCCUUGUGUUUUUAUAAUUUAAACUAUAAACCACCGGAACAGAUGAGCAAUCUCCUUGUUAUCGAGUAGUUUCCUUUGCAUUUCAGCUUUUUUGUAAAUUAGGAAAUAAUUCUAAAAAUUACUAAGAGGAUGAUUUAUUUAAAAGAGAACUUCGAUAAAUAGCAUAUGAAUUAUGGGUAACAUUAGAUUUAACUUUUCCCCACGUGAGUGGGGGAGAAUCCUUGAAGGCAUGGAUGCAAAUAUAAAAUUAUAAAAGAUCUAAAUAAAGCUUAUUUUAAAGUA